CACCAUUUGAAGAACCGGAUUUUGGCUGAUCCGAUGCAUAUGCCUAUGUACAGGUCCGUGAUUACAUAACUCCGCACGUUUCGUUGCCUCGCUGGCAGUUACAAGACAAACCACGACACUUCUUACAAGCGCCGUUAUGUCUACCACCACCAUGCGACCGAGAGUUUUUGCAUAUGCCAAAUUUAAUAUCGAUGCUCUUAUCUCUCUGGCUACAAAUCUUCGAGGCCGACCAUGCACUGUUGAUACAUCAACGAGGCCUAAAGCGGGUAGUACGCACUGGGUUAUCUUCAUCACUUUCGAGGAUGGCAUCGAAUGGGUUUUCAGGUCGCCCCGUGGCGGAUCAAGCGCUAUCAUCACUGAAGAAUCCGCAUCUAAGCUAUUCAUUAGCGAAGCCGCGACUCUCAAGUAUCUGAGGACUCUGGGUUCGAUACCGGUACCAGAAGUCUUUUCGUUCAGUGGAAACGCUGACAGCGACAUCGGCGUGCCAUACAUUCUCAUGAGUAAGGCUAGUGGCCGUCCAUUGUCUGAGUAUGACUGGAUUGAGCUGUCACGAAUUGAAGGGUAUCCGACUAGACGCUCACUUCUCCCUCUCACGGACCAAGAUCGGGAGAAGGUAAUGAAUCAGUUGGGAGCGAUUAUGUCACGCCUCUCGGAUUGUCAUUUCGACAAGAUCGGAUCACUGUUGGAAGACAGUCAUGGCAACACUUUCGUUGGUGAAUGCCUCAGCCCCUCUCUCCUUUGGCAACACAGAGAUGAGCUAGAAGGCAUAGAUCGAGGCCCUUUUGACCAGGAGAGCCAGUAUCUUCAGUCCCUGGUUUCAGCAUUCAAGGCUCAUGCAGAGGAACUUCUACUUAGUCCCCACAGUUUCUUCGCUCCAAUCCCUGAUCCUUUCGAAUAUCCGAAUUGGACUAGCUAUCGCCAGGCAGUGGAAAGAUGGCGAGCUUUCUGUUCUAUUGGCGACAAAGUUGAAGGCAACAAGAACCGACUUUCCUUCUGUAUCGCGGCCCAGUUCCUAAACGAAAUGGUUCCCAGCCUGACCUCAACAGAUGAAAAUUAUGUGCUCUGCCAUCCUGAUCUUCACCUAGGCAAUAUCUUUGUUGAUGAGGACUUUAACAUCACAUCUAUCAUCGACUGGAGUUCUGCAUCAUCGAGUCCUCUGGCAGAGCUACUUACUACCCCGGGACUAAAUGGCUCACUUUCAGCCCCUCAAAGGUCGCUCAUUACUGCUUUCAGAUCGGGCUUUUGCAGUGGUACUCAAAACCCGGAACCUGAACAAUGGGAAAGGGCUGACAAAAUGUGGUACUUUCUCAGGUUGGUUCGAAUGCUUUCUACACAAGACUACACUCACUUCAAGUCAUUAUAUGAGCUUGUGUACAGGAAGGAAUCGGAUGAUAUCCCUCAACUAUUCUACGAGAGGAGCAUACAAGAGUCUGGCAAAGCCAUCUUUGCUAAGUUGUGCCAAGAGAGUCCUGAUGAGGAAGAGGAAGAGGAGCAUGAUAGGGGUUGCAAUAACCAGCUCAGCAAAUCAGCUGAUUUCGCCAUGGCGAGAAAGCUCACACUGAUGUCCGAAAUGAACCACAACUUUGUUGCGGAUAGGAGAUUAUGGCUCUGGAUCCUGCCAAAGCCAUGGCUUUCCAGAGAGCGUGAUGCUCAAUCCUCUAUUAUCAGAUCAGCUGAACUGAGUUAUAUCUAG